ACAUACAGUGCUCCCAUUGGUAGGAUUUAGAUAUGAGGAGUCACCCAUAAGUAAAGCACUCAGACUUUCUAUAAAGACACAUUCAACAUCGAGAGACUGCCUACUACCUGGUGCAUCACUGGAUCCUUAUCUUUAGUUUUUUUUUUUAAAGGCUUUGUGAGGAAAAUUCCACAGCCACAGCUAUGAACCCCAACUAUCCAAACCUGCCUGGACAACCUUGUCCCAAUCCAAAUGCUCCUUAUGGUAACAUACCUUACCAACCUCCACAGCCAAACCAGCCUGGGUAUUGUGGCCCAGGAACCUACCCAGGAGGGCCAUACAAUCCCCCUAUGGGCCCAGGAUCAUAUCCAGGAGGGCCAUGCAAUCCACCCAUGGGCCCAGGAUCAUAUCCAGGAGGGCCAUGCAAUCCUCCCAUGGGCCAAGGGUCAUAUCCAGGAGGGCCAUGCAAUCCUCCCAUGGGCCCAGGAUCAUAUCCAGGAGGGCCAUGCAAUCCUCCUAUGGGUCCAGGAUAUGGGCCUGGGCAUGGGCACAGUCAUGGGCAUGGUCAUGGGCACGGUCAUGGGCACGGUCAUGGGCACCGUCAUGGCAAACAUGGGAAGAAACAUGGAAAGGGCUGCAAGCAUUCUUCUAGUAGCAGCUCUGACUCCGAUUAGAGCAUGAAGAUGGUUCGUAAGCAAAUCUACAUCUUGUUCCAAGCAGCCUAUCUUCUAGAAUCCUUCUAGCUAUAUAAAUAUUACAUUGUAUGGCUGAAUAAAAAGGUUUACGUUA